AUGGAAUCCAAGUCAAACAUAGACUAUACUUUAUAUCUAGUGACCGACUCCACACCGGCAAUUCUAGGAGACAAAGAUAUUGUACAGGUAGUGGAGCAGGCCAUUCAAGGUGGUGUGAGCAUAGUACAGUACCGAGAUAAACACUCCGACACGGGGACGUUGAUCUCGACAGCUACCAGAUUACACGCCAUCACCAAGAAGUAUAACGUCCCACUAUUGAUCAACGACCGCUUGGAUGUCUGCCAAGCCGUCGGGGUUGAGGGCGUCCAUAUCGGCCAGGAUGACAUCUCGUGCGUUGAAGCCAGGAAGAUUUUAGGAUCUAAGGCCAUCAUCGGAGUAACAGCCUCCUCCGUCGAAGAAGCCGCAAAGGCCAUCAAAGACGGCGCCGAUUAUCUAGGGAUAGGCACGACCUUCGCAACGCCGACCAAAACAGACACCAAAUCCAUCAUUGGCACCAAGGGACUGCAGGAAAUUCUGGGUACGACCGAGACCGGGACAGAGAAGUCUAUACCAUGUGUUGCUAUUGGUAGCAUCAAUGCCACCAAUGUCCAGCGCGUGCUACAUCAAUCAGCUCAUGGGACCAAUCGUCUCAAUGGUGUUGCCAUUGUGAGUGCCAUCAUGGCGUCUGUGGACCCUCAAGCCUCGGCCAAAGAACUUCUCGCACUCAUCAGAGCCACUCCCGAAAAAUUCUACGCUGCAGUACCACCAGGGGUCACUGCAAACGAUGGCCUUUCCGAGCUUCUGUCACGAAUUCCCGACAUCCUCAAAACACAUGUGACAUCCUCACCCUUGAGCCAUAACAUGACCAACACCGUGGUUCAGAAUUUCGCAGCCAAUGUAAGCAUUGCAACAGGAGGCUCUCCCAUCAUGUCAGAGAACGGGCCCGAGGCAGCUGAUCUGGCACGACUUGGGGGUGGACUAGUCAUCAAUAUGGGCACCGCAACACCUGAAAAGAUAACAACGUUCAUUGCGGGCCUCAGGGCGUACAAUGCUGUCGGCUCACCCGUCCUGCUUGACCCUGUGGGUGGAGGCGCGACUGCUGUACGCCGGGAGGCCAUCAAGACUUUGUUGGCCGCUGGCUUUUUCUCCAUCAUCAAAGGCAAUGAAGGCGAGAUCAAUGCCGUCGUAACUGCCGGAGCGACAGCGAGACAAGCAUCAUCGCAACGACAACAACAGCAGCAACGAGGUGUUGACUCCGGCCCAUCGACGCUGAGUGAGGGGGAAAAGAUCAAGAUGGUAAAGGAAUUGGCACAGCGCGAACAUUGCGUGGUCCUGAUGACCGGCAGAGUUGACUAUCUCUCCGACGGCGUACGAACGGCAACCGUCGCAAACGGAUCACAUUGGCUGGGCAAGAUAACAGGAGCAGGUUGUGCCUUGGGUUCUGUCAUUGCAAGCUAUGUUGCGGUGUACCCUCAGGAUAAGUUCCUUGCCACCCUGGCCGCCUUGCUGCAUUAUGAGAUUGCAGCUGAACAUGCCGAGAGAAGGGACUCGGUGAGAGGGCCAGGAAGCUUCAUUCCGGCCUUUCUGGAUGAAUUAUAUCUCCUGGGCGAACAGGUCAAGGAAGGCAAAGGAUUGGCAGCCGAAGAUGGGGAUGAUUUCAAGAAGCUAAAGGUAGAGCUUGUUUGA